AUGGACCCUUUGUCUCUGGUGGCUGAACACUGCGCCGAUGCCGGACACACGUUCGCCUUUCAGAAUGCUGAAAUUCUGGGCCGGGGAAACGAUCGCAUAGCCAGGGAAACAAUCGAGGCUUGGCACACGGGGACAACCUCCAUCAACCGCUGUGUGACUCUUCCCGCUGCCUAUCAAGCCCUUCGAGCGCAGCUCAGCAAACAAAUGAGCAGACGUGAACCCAGGCUAAACAUGAACCCAGACAUGAACGAGUCCAUGGCGGAUGCACACUCAGCCACCCCCCAACCGGGUUCAGACGAAGGCGCAGUCCUCACCACAGCCGGUCCAUCUACUAGUCAGGCGGACGAGAAAACGGACAGUCGUUGCGGCGUAAACAAGAUUGCCAGGCUUAGACGACAGCUACGGUCAAUGAAGGUACGAACGACGUCCACCAACGUCUCAACGCCGGCCUCCGAUGUAGAUUGA